AUGAGCAUAAAAAAUAGUCCAAAAGAACAAAUCAGAUCAUUCACACUUAUUUCCCUGCUAAGUAGGUGAAGCCUGUUAAAUUUCCUAUAUUCGGGAAAAUUAAGCUUUUUCAUGAGUGCCCCGCCCCUACGCGAGCGAACAAAAUCUUUUUGAAAAAAAAUUGUUUUUAAAUGUCGCAUAUUUGGUAUUUUGAGAUUCAAAAAAAUCUUAAAAAAUCACUAACUCUUAUGUGAAGCGAAAUUACGCUGCCCUUCAAAAAGGGGAGUUAGCAUCCCAUCAACUCUUAACACCAAAACACUAUCUGAAUUAUCCACACAAGCUUCUCGUUCGCCUGAGCUACCUAUGAGAAAAAUGUCUGAAAGUAUUAACCUUCCUUCUCUUGUAGCAUACAUUAAAAUGACGGCACGCGCCAGCCUGCUCUCUUUGUGCAACAGUCCAGACCUUAUGGCUAUGGCGAACUGAAAUGAACUCAGAGCCGUAAAUCAAGUGCAGGCUUAAGAGAUGUGCAUCCGGGUAGGUUUUGGCUGCUUUCCUGUGGUUGAAAAUGGAGGUGCUCAACAACGUCCUUUGGAUCCGAAAACCCAUAGGCAUUCCUCUACCGAGAAACUGGGGUUUCGGUAUACGCCACGGUAGUCUUUUUUCCUGUAGCUGUCGAUGGAAGGCACUUCGGCACCCGAUAGAUUCCAAGGAGCUGAUCCUUGAAAUCAAGCUACUCCAAUCCCCCGUAGCAGGGUUGCAGAAAUCCAUAAGUUGCACACUCAAAACUGAAGCCUCAAGGCAAGGAGGAGACAGAAUGUACCGAAAGGGCACUCGAAAAAGGGAUAGUCCCUCUGGGGUGGAGUCGAAAAGUCGAUAAACCUUCUCUAUGAGAGUUCGUUAGUGACUGCAUCACCAAUAUGGCUAUCACCUGACUUUAAUAAUCCUAAUCCUUCUCUUGUAACCCCCAGACAAAGAAUAAGUAGCUUCGACGUAUCUUCUAUGCUGUUAUUUAAUAAGAAAGGAUUUAAAGGGGAUAACUUUUUGCAAACAUUUCUUCCUAGCAAAGCUAUAGGAUUUUUACCGUAUAUAUAUGCACAAAAUGGUUAUGAAAAAACAAAGGAAAUGUAUUCAAGUAUUUUCAGCAUAGAGCCUGAAAAUUUUUUGCCUUUGCAAAGGAAAAAAUCAAGUUUAGAUAUUUUUGCAGAAUUUAGAGAGAGCAGAACGAGAGGGAGACCCAGCAAAGAAGAUAUUACACACAAGAAUAAAUCUUUUGAUUCUUUAUAA